GCAUAGCAGGAAACGACACAUAACAUAUCGGGCUUGAAACACAGGCGGCACUUUGUAUGCCUGCAGGGACUGUUUUCCGUCGGUAUUUCUCCAAGAUAAAAGGUGAUAAGUAAAACGCAGUGCUAAUAAUGUGACAAAAGGAGGAAGAAAAUCAUGGCUAAAAUACCUCAACAGUUACCAAGUGCUUCUGGGUGGACUGAAUCUGAAGUAAGCACCUGGCUAAGAUCAAUUCGAAUAAAGGAACAUUACAUAGAAAAACUCUAUGAAGAAGAAGUAGAUGGACAAAUCCUACUUGCACUGGAUGAGGACUUUCUAAAAACAAAAAUCUGCAUGAAGUCAGGGCCUGCUCAUUUGAUUAUUCAGAAAAGAGAUGAGCUUAUCAACUCCCAGCAAAAAUGUCAAGAAAAGAAAAAAACUACUGGUUCCAAAAGAACUGAGUUUGAGGAAAAGAAAAGUAAGAAAUCAGUUCAGUGUCUUCAAACAGUAAGUGAUGGUUCUCCAGCACAAACUACACUGAGCGAUCAGGAGAAAGAAACUGCUCAGGAACAAUGUGUGUUGAUUUCAAAGGAAGACUGCCAACCACGGCCAUUCGAUCAAGAAGGGACUAAUUUCUUAUAUGUAAAACACAGCAUCCUGCAGCCUGAAUCAGGUGCUUUUAAUCUGAUAUCGCCAUGCCACGAAUUUAAGUCUUUUGCUGUAGCUGCUACAUUGGAUCGCACAAGACUCCAAGCUAAGUUUGCCAAAGAGAUUCUUAAAUUUGCAACUGGUUGUAUGAACAUCAGGUCAAAUGGUACAAUACACUUUGGUGUGAUGGACAGCAAGGAGGAUGGAGGAUAUGUGCAUGGCGAGAUAACUGGUAUCCCUGUAACAGAGAAGGAUAUUUAUGUCGAUGCUUUGGACCACAUUGAAAAGAGUUUCUCCUCUAACACAGAACACAUACGCCAGUGUGUGCGACCGCCAAGGUUCAUUGAGGUUAUAGAUCGACAAAGUACAGAAAAGCGAUAUGUGGUAGAGGUUGACAUUGUGCCAUUAAUAAGUAUUGUCAAGAGCAAAGUGUAUGCAGUCCGUCUGCCAAAUUUCAAAGAAUCAGCAAACAAAGUAGAGUAUGAGAAAGAGAUGAUUUUGCGAAGAGUGGGUUCAAAAACUGAGCCAGUGAGUGACAAGAACCUAAGUGACUUUUACCAAAGAGUCAAAGAUCGCGAUGCUCAAAGAGAAGAAGCAGAAAAAAAUCAUUUCCUUAUUGCUCCAGAAAUGUGUCAAGACCUUGGAAGGAAACUCACCAUGCUGAUGACCAGUGGUAAGAAAUUCAUUGAAAAGGAAAAAUGGUUCAUACUCGUAACAAACAAAUUCAAACCUGAUGACCUUUGUAACAUUGACUGGCUGAUUAACAUGAAUAUUUUCUGCGUGUUCGACUUUGACCCAGACUCAAAGAUAUCAGGUCUUUGCAGUAGAUACCUUAACGACCGUGUUGCAAAUAUGCAUUCUCUGUCCGCUGGCACAAACAUCAAAGAAUUAACAAAUUUUGUCAAAAGGUACAUUCCAGGUCAUAUUCCUAUUAACGUCACCAGUUGA